UUGUUAAAAGAGAAAAUUCCAACUUUGAACAUGUCAAGCAAGAAGGUGAAGGGUCUUCUUAAAGGCCUUAGAUACAUAUCUCAAAUAUUUGAAAAUGAAAAAGAACAAGAAAUACAAAUUGGAGUUCCGACGGAUGUAAAGCAUGUGGCCCAUAUAGGGUGGGACGGUCCUUCCGUAAAUUCUCCCAGCUGGAUGAACGAAUUUAAAACCUCUCCAGGAUUUGCAUCAGGACCCAUGACUCUCACGGGAGAUGCUCAAACCAAAGCACAAGAUAGCACUGUCAAAUGGACCUCUGAAGAUACAAAAAGAAGAAGUACAAGGGGUGUGAAUUCUCAAACUCAAGGGAGGGAUUUGCCUGAAUUGCCAAAAGGAUCUAGAAGACAAAUGAAUAGUAACAUCACAGAUUCUCCAACAAGGGAAAGGACAAGGCAAUCAAGAAGGUCAUCAGCUAACAAACAGUCAAACCUUAAAGAUUCUUCAGAUGGUUCCAAUGAUUCAUUGAUCCAGUCAGAUGGGUCACAAGGAGAAAAUCUUCCAGAAAUUCCCAGAAAGGCUCGUCGGAAGAAGUCAAAAGAUAAAGAAAAUUCAGGUGGUGGAUCAUCAUCCAAAUUGAGAUCCAAAGCACAACAAUCAUCAGAUCCUAAUUUGGAGUAUGAAUCUCCAUCUUCCAAGUCUAGGAACAAACCAAAGUCAUUUGAAGAAAAUGAGCAAUAUGAAAGAGGAACGAGUAUAAUAUCUUGAGGAAUUGAAUUGUUGUUGUAAUUUUAUGCUAUUAUUAGUUAGAGUGUUGCAUUGCAUAGAUAUAAUUCUUAAAAACUAGAACACUUUCCUUCCUAACCAUGUUUUUUUCUUUCCAAAUUCUAAAUUUCAAUGUCAUUUUCUUAAUUUGAUUAUU